AUGGAUCAAAGUGAAGAUACUCUGAAGUCUGAUUUUAAGAUACAUACAACAUCAUCAAACAGCUCACUCUGGAGAGAGGGUGAGAACGGGUAGUACUUGCCAAGUUCGAGAUUUCAUGAGAGGUAUUCUAUUAUUCAAGAUGAAAAAGAUAAAGACAAGAAAACUGAGAAAGAUGCUGAACCUUCAUUAAUUAAGAGAAAUUAGAAAGAACUUCAUUCACAGAGAUUGCAACCGAAGUAAAUUGCCUACCACAAAAAGCACAAAUAUGUGGUACUUGAAAAAGACAACAAUGUUCAGGCACUGAUUGAUAUGGGGGAAAAUGCAGAUAAAACUAAACUUCCAAAUACCUGGGAGUGCUCAAAGUAUGAAUGCGAUGAAUCAGAUGCAAAUGGUGAGGCUAAAUCUGACAAUAAAAAGAUUAAUAUCAAUCCUUAAGAACUUCAAUUCUAGAUUAGCAUUGAGGCAAUAUGUGAGGUUGAAAAACAUAUAUCUUCAACUAAAAAUACAGUCUAAAUUACUGAUAAUGUAUCUUCACUGUUAUAACCAAUGAAAGGACUGUAUCAAAGCGAAUUUUUAGCUAUUGAAAAUGAGAGGACUUUAGAUGAAAGUAAAACUUUUGCUGAAGAAAACAUUCAGGAUGGGUAGAAGCUUUUCCUUUAUGGAAUUAAUGGCAACGCCAUGAUUAAUAGUGGUCAUUUGAAAUUCUUUUUAAGAUUCUCUGAUUUUAAACAAGAUAGUUGGAGUGUUGGUGCAUCCAGCUGGGAUGCAUUGCUAAUCAAGUGCUCUAAAAGAUUCUAGUUUAUGGGUAUUGGGAUUUUUGAAAGGUAUUAGGAUCCUCCUAUAGAAUUCACCUUGAAGUAUAAAUAUGAGAUAAAAGAGGAAGAUGGAACAGUAGUCAUAAAGUCUGAGGAGUUUAAGGAAACGAUUAAUUAUUCAACUUCUGAUGUGAAUUAGCUCCAUUUCUUCAAAUAUCAGCUUACUUCAUUCCGUAACGGCAUAAAAGUAGAUGCAGGCCAGACUCUUAAUUUCAUGCAAACCCUCUCUUUUACGAAAUGCUAUUAUUCUGAAUCUGGUAAUGCUUAUGAAACAUAUACUAAUCCAGAUAUGGGCAUAUUCCAAAUUAAAACAAGUCCAAAUAGCAGCAAUUCAACUGAGUUGAAUAGAGGCAUUAUACCAGGAUUCUUAUACAAACUUGGUUGA